CUUGGCCAAAUCCUGUGGCCACAUCCUGUGAAAAUUCCUAUUCAGUGCACAUGUCCGCGUGCUUGUUUGCAGGAGAAAAUGGCGAGGGGUAUAAAUGUAAUUUGGCCUGUUGUACUCAUCAUCCUCGUAUCGAGCUCGUGCAGGAGAGCGACCAGUUUCACGCAGGCAUUUUCUCAAAUAGAAGAGGGAGCUUCGAUGCAUGGAGGACGUAGCAGGAAGAGGUCGAGUUUAGAAUUGAAAGGCGGACCAGAUGAUGUGGCCUGGGUGGUUCAGCUCUCUGAUCUCCACUUUAGCAUACAUCAUCCCGAAAGAGCUCAUGACUUCAAGGCCAUCGUAGGCCCUACUCUCGCCAUGGUCAACCCUUCCUUGGUCUUUAUCACUGGUGAUCUGACCGAUGGGAAAAGCAAAGAUUUAUUAACAAUGAAGCAGGAUGAAGCAGAGUGGGUAGAAUAUCAGAAAGUAAUGGACAAUGUCAUUGAAAGAAGUGGGCUAAAGAGGAGCAAUUUCUAUGAUCUCAGAGGAAACCAUGAUAGUUUUGGUGUGCCGAAGACUGGCGGUUCAUUUGAUUUUUACUCUAAAUAUAGCAUCAAUGGGCAGCUAGGAAGAGGAGGACCAGUUAACAGUGUCACACUGGAGUUGUCAUCCACUUAUCCCUAUUCAUGUUAGCAACCUGCCUUAGUGAAAAUGCAACAUACCAUCAAGAACAUUUGGUCAAUUUUACAGUAUUGUGGGGCUAGUUGACUGGCGGGCACAAUCUACUUUUUGUUGAGUUCGACAGCUCCACAUCUUUAGGUUUGCGGGGUCCAACAAAUUUGUUUGGUCAUCCAAAUGACCAAUUGCUAACCGAUAUAAGCUCCGAGCUUUCACAAUUUGAUCCCCUACCUAGAAAACCUGUCAUUAAAAUUUCCCUCGGCCACUUUCCACUCUCCUUUUCUGCUGCAGCUUAUUCCGGAAGGACUUUAAAGGACAUAUUUCUGAUGCACUCCUUGUCAGCGUACUUGUGUGGGCAUCUCCAUACAAGGUUUGGGAAUAAUUUGAAGCGGCAUCAUGAAUCAAAUCACCAACAAUUCUUUCAGUUGAAUGGACAAGGGUUACCUGUUGAAACACCUAAUGAGUUUUCUCUCAAGGGAAGAUAUGAAUUUUGGGAGUGGGAAGUAGGUGAUUGGAGGAAGAGUAGAGCUAUGCGCAUUUUGGCCAUUGAUAGAGGUUGGAUUUCAUUUGUAGACGUUGACUUCAGAUCCGGGGCAAAGAAAACAAUCAUAUUGCCUACAUUUCCCCUUGAUUCUCGCUUUAUCUCAGACAAGCAGUUUCAGAGUAAUGAAUCUCUGUAUGUGGACCCUCUACUUUAUAGUGAAAUCAGAGUUCUCUUGUUUUCCUCUUCUCCAAUUGUAUCUGUUGUAGCCAGGAUUUAUGACUCGAGGCCUGGUAAUCUCAUAGUUGUAUUUGAGUCUCCUAUGAAGAAAACUGGGAAUGCCCUAUCCAGGGGAGACCUGUAUACUUGUCCAUGGAACUAUAAAGCCUUUGAAGAUCCAUCUCCUGAACGAUUCUUGUUGAAAAUUGAAGCGCUUGAUAUUAGUGGCCACUCAACUUUGACUGAACUACGGCCCUUUUCCAUUAGUGGUCAGCGAGCAAAGCUCGGAUGGAGUUGGAAAGAGUUUUUCGUUAUGGGUUGUCAAUGGGAUGCUUUAUAUUACCCCAUCUUGUGGUCCUUUUACUUUUUUGCCCUAUCCAUUCUUCUGAUUCCAAAAGCUACCUUAGUAUUUUUCAGAAAACAAUAUGCAUAUAAAAAACUGAUUGCCAACAGAGGGUUAUUAAACUACACAACCCGGACUCUUGUGGACAUAUACAGUGUUCCUCGGCUGUGGUAUUGCAUGGUCAGUUACUUGUUUUACCUCAUAUUAUGUCCUUGGCUUUGUGGCCAAGUUCUCAUGGAAGGAGAAAGAGGAUACAUGACAUAUCAAGGUUGGAUAUUGAGAUCCAAUACAAAUGAAAUGCCAAGUGAAAAGCCAAGUGUUUUUGGGUUUCCAGAUGUAAUGGUGGUUGUGCUUCCACAUCUUUGUUUUGUUGUUUUGCCUGCAAUCUUGGUUAUGGUAGCAUUUUUGGUUGAAAGAGGAAUAUACCAAGAUUCUCUCCGGUCACUUUCUAGGAAAAAAGAUGAUUCUGAUGUGAAGAGUAAUGAGAUAUCUUCAUCCACAUGUGGAAGAGGUGACUAUAGAUUCGUACUUCUCCGUGUGCGGUUGAUUAGGAAGAUAGUACUGAUUAUAAGUCUGGCAAUAUGUUGGUAUCAUUUUCUGGUAAGCUAUUUUCCUCAUUUUAUUUAAUUUUAGACUUUAAAGUUUUUUUUGUUUUUUUUGUAAAUAGGGUUUGUUUGGAUGAUCCCGCAAUCAAAUUAACAUCCACACUCAAUCAAGUUAAAAACAAACCCGGGUUGAAGUCCGAUGUCAAUAUAAUUCGAUAUUCUGCUCCGAUUUUUUGAAAUGUCAAGAUAUAGACACAGUACUUUCCUUGACCCUUUUUAGAUGGAAUUGCUUUCUGGUUAGCAUCUCUGUAGUACACAAACUAAUGGAAUCCAUGGAGCAAGAGUUCAAGACUAAUACAGGAUGUUCUUAUUCUGAAACUCAGUUUUCGGUUUCUUAGGGUUCUCUAGAUAAUUUCCCUCUUUAAUAUUCACAAUUCAUAUUUGUUUAUUUCAAAAUAGGGAAAAAGUGCAAAUAGGCCCAUGUACUAACAAAAAAAAGGUCAAAUAAGCCCUUAUUUAGGAAGUUCUGUCCGGCCGUCGUCAUUUGGGGUGGUUCCCGG